UGUCAGUAUUCACCAGAUAGUUCAGUCGUCGCCGUGACGGGCUGGAAUCUCUCGCUCGCUCGGAGGAGUGACUUGAGCGUUGGAGCUAACCAGCCGUGAGAUAGAGGCUCAGCUCUAGGAGGGUCACUUUUCUGCUUGAGAACGGAGGAAAGUCGGCUGCUGAAUUGAAACAUUUUUCCAUUUCGGACUUAUUUGGGCGAGCCAGCGGUACCGUCAAGAGACUGCAGUCAUUUUCUUGUACUGCAUCGCUCGUGUGAAACAAACUCGACUACUGGAAGUGAAAGGAAGCAUUAAACUUGAGGCAGAAGAGACUGGAAGUGGUCAGAAUAGGAUAUUAGUGACAAGAUAGAGGAACUCAUUUUUCGACAUCGACUAAUUAUCGUUGAAACGGUUCAGAGGAAAUUUGCUUAAAACUGUUAAUGCUGUUUUGGAACGUAACCUAUUAAAAUCUUCGGACUAAGACUGCCAAAGCACACUGUCAGCAUGGGGUUCGUUGCUUUGUAGAGUGUGUGCUUUUAAAGCCAUUUUGGACGUUAUUAGAAAUAUUUUAUUGCGGAAUAUUGCAUUACUUCUUCUGACAAUCUGGUCGACUUCACUCGCUUUGUUGACAGCGAAGAAUGGAUUUAUAGCCUACACGAAAGUGUGCUUGGCCCUGGGAUUGGGUCUCUCUGCCAGGCUCUCCCCGGCUCAGUAGCGGUCCGUAUCGUACAGCACAGGACGCCCCCACCUGCCCCGCCGCCUUCCCCUCUCUUUUCUCCCUUAUGUUCAAUGACGGCUGUCCAGGGGAAGCUGCAGGAUGGAUGGUGCGGAUGUGACCGUCUCGCCGUCUCUCCUUCCGUGCUCGCGAGUUUGUGACUGUGUUCACUUCUUCUCCAUCUACAAGAGAGUGCCCCCCCCACCCCCCCAUCAGGGCCUCCGGACCUCACUGUUGCGCCCGCAGCAGGAACUGUAGCUGUUGAUAGGCUCUCUAGUCAGAGCAGUGCCGGCUCCGCAGGUGGCUCUCCUCACAUGAGCCGCUGUGCGCACACCUGGAGUCUGUCUCCGUGGUUACGGCCCAGCAUCCUGGAGUUGGAGUGGAGCACAGGUGCUGCGUCUUCGCCGCGAGCUUUGCUGAGUUGGGGUUCACGUUUGGGGUUUGGUUGUUCUAAUUUAUUUGUACUGCAUUUCUUUUGCGCUUGAUACACACAAACGGUUCUGCAAGAUGUCGGAAGACGCCAACACCAAAGAGGUGACGUUCCUGGUCCCGCCACCACCCAGGCCGCUGAACGGUACCGGGUCGGACUCCCGGGUGGGCGAGAAGGUGGGGUCGGGCCCGGAGGUGCGGCGGCGGCGCCACACGAUGGAGCGCGACAUGAAGACGGAGCAGCACCGUUUCUUCCGCCGCAGCGUCAUCUGCGACUCGACAGCCGCCUGCGUCGUGGCGCCGCCGCCCGACUGUGAGCCGACGCCCCCGGGGCCCCUCGAGCCCCGCACCACCCCGCAGCUCGUCGAGGAGCAGGUGGAGGACGUGGUCACCACGGCGACGGCCGUCAAGGUGAGCGAGAAGAGGCCCAGUGAGCUGGACGCGCGUCUGGACUCCCAGAGUUCCCCAGGGCAGAAGGACGGCGGCGGCGCGUGUCUGAGCGAUGCGAAGGAAGCGACCGACACGACGGACGAGCCCGCGGCAGCGCUGGUGACCGCAGCGGAACAGGAGAGCGCCGAGAAGCGUAGCGAGGAGGAGGAGCGCGGUGCAGCGAAGGCUCGGGCAGAAGCAGAACAGCGCGAGGCCGCCGAGAAGAAGCAGCAGGACGAUAACGAGGAGGUGGAGACCAAAGCCGUGGGCACUUCGCCUGACGGACGCUUCCUCAAGUUCGACAUCGAGAUCGGCCGGGGCUCCUUCAAGACUGUCUACAAGGGCCUCGACACGGAAACAACCGUAGAGGUGGCCUGGUGUGAACUACAGGACCGUAAGCUGUCCAAGUCGGAGCGGCAGCGCUUCAAGGAGGAGGCGGGCAUGCUGAAGGGUCUCCAGCACCCCAACAUCGUGCGUUUCUACGACUCCUGGGAGUCGCCCUCCAAAGGGCGCAAGUGCAUCGUCCUCGUCACCGAGCUCAUGACCUCCGGCACUCUCAAAACGUACCUGAAGCGCUUCAAGGUGAUGAAGAUCAAAGUGUUGCGUAGCUGGUGUCGUCAGAUCCUGAAGGGACUUCACUUCCUGCACACGCGCCUGCCGCCCAUCAUCCACCGGGACCUGAAGUGUGACAACAUCUUCAUCACGGGCCCCACCGGCUCCGUCAAGAUCGGGGACCUCGGGCUCGCCACGCUCAAGAGGUCCUCCUUCGCCAAGAGCGUCAUCGGUACCCCUGAGUUCAUGGCUCCUGAGAUGUACGAGGAGAAGUACGAUGAGUCGGUGGACGUGUACGCCUUUGGGAUGUGCAUGCUGGAGAUGGCCACUUCAGAGUACCCUUACAGCGAGUGCCAGAACCCCGCCCAGAUCUACCGCAGAGUGACCAGCGGGGUGAAGCCUGGUAGUUUUGAUAAGGUUGCCAUUCCUGAAGUCAAGGAGAUCAUCGAGGGAUGCAUACGACAGAAUAAAGAUGAGAGGUACUCCAUCCACAUCCUGCUGAACCAUGCCUUCUUCCAGGAGGAGACUGGUGUGAGGGUGGAGCUGGCCGAGGAGGACGAUGGGGAGAUGAUCGCCAUCAAGCUGUGGCUGCGCAUUGAAGACGUCCGCAAGCUCAAGGGCAAGUACAAGGACAACGAGGCCAUCGAGUUCUCCUUCGACCUCAACAAGGACGUGCCUGAAGAUGUUGCCCAAGAAAUGGUGGACUCUGGCUAUGUGUGUGAUGGCGACCACAAAACGAUGGCGAAGGCCAUCAAGGACCGCGUGUCUCUGAUCUUGCGCAAGAGAGAGCAGCGCAAGCAGGUGCGGGAGGCCCAGCUGGAGGCCCAGCGGAACCAGAACCAGAACCAGCCGGCAGCAACAGCAGCAGCAGCAGCAGGGCAGCAGGGUCCGGCAGAACCGGAAGAGUCGGAACACGAGUUGCAGCUGCAGCAACAACAACAGCAGCAGCUGCAGUACCAGCAACCCAACAUCUCCAUGACCUUGGAGGGUGCUGCAGACAGCGGUCAGGGUUCGUCCAUCUUCUCUGAGGUGCACCUGGGUCAGGCCAUGUCCUACAGCGCUGUUCCUGCCCCCCAGCAGGGAUCUGGCCAACCACAGGGCUCGUUCCCGCCCUCCUCUGCCCCGCACAGCCAAUCGCUGCUGGCCCAGCAGCACACAGCCUACGCGCAGCAGCCAAUGCCGCAGUCUGUGAGUCACGCGUUGGCCGGCGUUGGAGCGUCAGCCGCGUCCGCACCUCCUCUCGUCUCCAUGGAGACCCCGCACCUCUUUUACCCGCCCGGCGUCCACCCGGAGCGUCCGGUCUCCUUCUCCCCGCCCCCGUGCCACCCCCCCCCCCCCAAGGGGCUGUCGCAGCGCCGCAAGAGCACGUCCAUCCUGGAGGCGCACACACGGCACUUCCAGCCCGUCUACCGCGCCUACGGCAGCAGCCUGCACCCCGAGGGCCUGGACGCUGCGCUCUACCGGCCGCUGCACCCCAAGGGCCUGGACGCUGCGCUCUACCGGCCGCUGCACCCCGAGGGCCUGGACGCUGCGCUCUACCGGCCGCUGCACCCCGAGGGCCUGGACGCUGCGCUCUACCGGCCGCUGCAGCAGGAGGACACGGUGCGGAGGCUCAGCCUCAACCAGGCGGCCCUGCUGGACCACUUCGAGGCGCUAGCGUACGGCGGCUACCCCGCACUCGCGGCGGCCGCGCACCCGCUCAGCCAGCUCAGCUUCCACCAGCAGAUGCAGGCGGUAGCCGCCGCCGGACUGGGCUACGAGCAGCCGCCCCCGUACCUGCACCCGCACCCCCUGCAGGCCCACCUGCGCAUGACGCACAGCCCCGCACCCCCGCAGCCACACGCCAGCCACCAGGGGGCGCAACAGCUCCAUCAGCAGCAGCAGCAGCAACAACAACAGCAACAACUCCAUCAGCAGCAGCAACAACAACAACAGCAGGCGCCCUCCUCGGCUCCUCCCACGGCCACGCCCACACAGGAAGCCACCUAUCAGCCGCACUCGUUCUCCCACUCCGCUCCGCCUCUGCUGACGGUGGCUGGCCCCAUGGAGACGACCCCUGGCCCCUCCCCCGGGGGUGUGUUUGACUUCCACACGCUGCACGGUCUGGCGAGUGACACCGCGGGGUCGGCGACGGCUCUGCUGGCGUCCCGUCUGUACCGGCCGCGGCGCGGCUCCAUGGAGCUGAGUCUGGACGAGGCGGCCGGCGCGUGUGGAGGCGGGGCCAGCGGCGGGCGUCUGCAGCCCGUCACCGAGGAGCUGUUCUGCUACGUGAGCCCCGAGAUGCCGCUGCCGCCCGGCAACCUGCUGCUGCACGGCCUGAAGGAGCGCAGCCCCGAGCCUGACCUCGACCCGCUCAGCGAUUCCCUGGCCUCACCGGACGCCACCGGCGACUUCCUGUCCCCGCCGGCGCCUCACCCACACUGGCCCUCGCUUGACGCCUCGGCCGCCCAGGCCAUCCCGUACGCCUCCUACGAGGCCGCCGCCAUCGCCGCCCCUCUGGACGGACACCCCCCCAGCCAGCCGGCCUUCCUGCUGCUGUCAGACACUCCGGGAGGGCACCCCCCGCUUGGCAGCCUGCUCCACUGCGGCUGGGCUCACCAGCAGCCCCCACACGGCUCCUCCCUGGCUCCUGUAUCUUCUUCUGCUCUCUCGGUGAACUCCAACUCCCAGCAUCCUCCAGCAGCAGCAGCAGCAGUGAUGUCCCCACAGCAGCAGCAAUACGGAGGUUUCUACAUCCAAGCCAUCCCCUCGCAGGUACCCACCACUCAACCUGCCGUCUCUGUGGCAGUUCAACAGCAGCAGGCCAGCACUGCUGCCCAGAGCAACACACACGCUCCUGCAGUUCUGUCUUCUCAGACCUGCACCAGUGCCCAUCCUCCGCCCACAAUGGCACACAUCGCCAGGACGACCGUACCCAUGACGACGUCUGCGGCUAUUGCCCCUCCGGCUCUUAAGGUUUCCAUGGCUACAGUGUUGCCUCAGCAGCAGCAGGCAGGGGCUCCGAUGCCGACCCCAAUAUCCGUUCCAGUCGUGACCCCAAUAUCCGCUCCAGUUGUGACCCCGAAACCAGUUCCAGUUGUGACUCCGAAACCACUACUGAAGUCGACCUCAAUACCGGUUCCGAUGCCUACUCCAAUACCGGUUCCGGUGACUGCUGCGUUGGCCCCCAACCUGGUGGUGGCGCCCCCUGUGUGUGUGGGUGUAGCAGUGCCUCUGACCGCAGCAGCAGCAGUGCCUUCUGGGAGUGCAGGUCCCGUCAUGGCCGCCCUCGCCACUCCUCAGGUCACUCCCCCUGUGCCCGUCGCCCCCGGCGAGCCGCCCGCCCCGGAGAGAGACGCCCCUGCCCAGGCUACCCAGAAUGCAUCGCAGCCAACGUCAGCAGAGCAAGCGCAACUCCAACCACUGCCAGUGACCUCCUCCAUAGAGAGUGGUCACUCUGAUGUGGCAUCGGGCCUUAGUGAUGGUAACGAGGGUGCCAUGGCAACAGGCGGUCGUCAUGAGGGUCGCUCAACGAAGCGGGACAAGAGGAGGUCCGUCAGAAGUCGGUCACGUCACGACAAGCUGGGCAAGGCCAAACUCAACGUCCUCAACAUUUCCAACAUGGGGGAUCGUGUUGCUGAAUGCCAGCUGGAGACUCACAACAGGAAGAUGGUGACCUUCAAGUUUGACCUUGAUGGAGACAACCCGGAGGAGAUCGCCCAGAUCAUGGUGGAGAGUGAGUUCAUUCUGGAGAGUGAGAGGGAGUCGUUCAUUGAGCAGGUGCGUGAGGUCAUCGAGAUGGCUGACGAGAGAGGACUGGAGAGAGAGGGCGGCCAGCCUCCUGACCAUGAACAGCAAGCACCUGAUGCAACUACACCCCCGACAGGUGUGUUGGCCAGUCUGGGGACUCAGGUGGUCCACUCAACUGGCCGCAGGUUCAUCGUGAGCCCCGUACCGGAGUCUCGUCUCCGAGAACAGUUCUUCAGCCCCACCAGCCCCCCCCUCGCCGAGGACCAGCCUACUGCAGCUCCUGCUGCUGCUGCUCUAGGGUCGGGUCUGUCCCAGUCUGCGUCUGCCGUGAGUCUGCAGCGGGCCUUCGCUGAGAUGCGUCAGGGGCAACAACAGUACGACCCCGGCCCCAGCACCGCCCCCCCCACCCUGCCUGGGGCAACUGGGGCAACAGAACCUCCUGUGUUCCCUCCCCCCUCCACCUCCCCCUCCCUCCCCUCCAUCUCCAUCUCUCCCUCCAUCCCCUCCUCCUCCUCCUCUCCGCCCUCUGCUCAAGCUGCCCCUCAGCUGCCCCUUGCCACCCAGCCUGCCAUGUCCACUGCCCCUUCUGCUCCUGCGCCAGCUUCUGUUGCCCUCCUGCCCCCCAGCACAGCCAGCCUGCCCGCCGCCCCUCCGCCCACUGCCCCUGUUGCCCCUGUUGCCCCUGUUGCCCCCGUCUCCAUCAGCAGCGUAGCUGCCCUCUCCGAUGUUGCCCCUGGCGCUGUGGUGCUGGCGGAGCUGCCCCUCUCUGCCCCUGCGGCGGCGGCGCCCACCACUGCCCUCCAGACGCCCCAGCUGAGCCCGCCCACCUCCACACUCUCAGCCACCCCGGCCCAGACGCAGGUGCCGUCUCUGCAGCCGGUGACCAGCAGCGUUCCGCUGGUGCAGCCCACUCCGGUCCACACACACCCGCAGCCGCACACACACACACACACACACACACUGCCCCAUUGUGGCGAGUGUGAGGCGGCCCUGGAGGCGCAGACCAAGGCCCCGGGCAUCGAGGACAUCCACGCCCUCGACCAGAAGCUGCGCUCGCUCUUCAUGGACCUUACCUCUGGCCCCACCCCCUCCGAUGGCUCUGACCCCGCCCCCACGCCAGGCACCUCCUCCCCCACCGGCUCCAUCGCCGCGGCGACCGCCUCCCCGCAACCCCCCUCCACCCUCCCGCUGGCACCGCAGGGGCAACAAACGGGCCCCACUCUCCCCACGCCAGGCCCCGCCCCCACCUCCGCCACCUACAGCCAGGGCACGCCCGCCAAAACACCCCUAUCCAGAGUACCGGGUGUACCCAUGGGUAUGGACCAGGCUGUUACUCCUCCUGCUGAGUACCUGCCCCCCUUCCCAGGACCCUGCCAAGUUCAGUCCCAGCAGCCUCUUGAGGACCUUGAUGCCCAGCUGAGACGAGCCCUUAGCCCAGAGACGGUUCCCAUCAGCAACGCUCCUUCCCAGGCUGCAACUGGGAUGCCGGCUGGAGGACAGCCAGUGCCGUUCUCUAUGGAGGGGGAGGCUCCACCAGCUCCGGCUCCAGCAGCCUUCACACUGGGCAGAUUCCAGGUGUCCGUGGCAACAGAGGAGGGUUUGUCCCAGCUUCCCACCAGCUCAGCAGGCUCCUCCUCCACGACGUCAUCUUCCUCUUCCUCCUCCUCCUCCUCCUCCUCCUCGCUGUCCAGCCCUGAGCACACGCUGCACAAGUCGUCCUCGCUGCGGCCGGUGCCGAGCCUGGACACGGUGGAUGGCCCGUCCCCUCACACACACGCGCACACACACACACACACACACACCCCGGCCCCCGCACCGCCCCCGACCACCACUAUCGGCCGCUUCCAGGUGACCUCCACCGGCGACACGCGGGUCGGACGCUUCUGCGUCAGCCGCAGCCAAGACGAGGUCGUCACCCCGGCAACCGCCUCGCCCCACGCUCAGGAGCCGCCCUUGUCGCUAGGCAACGGGCCGCCCGCACACAGCCCUGAGGGGAGGAGCCUAAACAACUCCUUAAAGAACUCGUACCUGAGCAGCGACAACGACUCUGAGAUGGAGGACGAGGACUUCAAGAGCGAGAUCAGCCGCCUGAGAGACAAGCACAUGAAGGAGAUCCAGGCUCUACACGUGCGUCAGAAAGAGGAGAUCGACUCGCUGUUCUCCCGUCUGGGGAAGGUGCCCCCCCCCACCAUCAACCCCCCCCUCGUGGUCCCCCCAGGUCGCAGGAGACGCCCCACCAAGACCAAGAGCAGCAAGUCCAGCAGGAGCAGCCAACAGUCAGUGGGCAGUACCCUGUCUGCCCAGAGUGCCCCAGCGGUGUUCCCGUCUCAGCCGGAGCUUGUUGCCCCCUCUGGGGUAACUGACAUGGGCAUCUGCCCCCUCAUGCAGCCCCUGCAGCCCUCCACCUCCAGCGAUGCACUCUGCUCCGCCUACACCAGCGACGCCGCACUGAGCGUGCCCAGUCUGUGUGCACCCACGCCAGGCUGUGUAAAGUUCAGCUGUGGGACGGAGAGGGUGACCUUCAAGCCGGUUGGCAGGAGGACGCGUUUUCUGAGUACGCCGUGCUUGGCUCUUUGGAAGAUGGUGAAAAAAGUGUGCCCCUGCAACCAGCUCUGUAGGACGAGCAGUACAACCGGCGUGAGUGGGCCGGCCCAGGGCCCGCAGUGCCCCGCGCCGCCAGCAGGGGCAAGCUCGAGCAGCCAGAGCCGCAAGGGCACCUUCACGGACGACCUGCACAAGCUGGUGGACAACUGGGCCCGCGACGCCAUGAGCCUCUCCCAGGGCAAGAGGAGCGCCAAGGGCCAAGGAGCGCCCGCCUCGCAAGGACACAGCUACGAGGUGGUCCCUCCGGCCAGCAUGGGCCGUAAGUUCUCUGCUCCGGGCCAGCUGUGCCCCAGCAUGGCGUCUUCCCUGGGGGGCCACGGUGCCGGCGCCCCCCCCUCCACUACCUCUCUGGGCCGCAAAGGUUCCCUGUGCCCAGCCGUGCCACCCUACGGGGGGGGGUACCCCACCCACCCCAGCGCACCUUACUCGGGCCCCUGGCCCCCCCCCGCCGCCCCCCUCAUGACCUCCGCACCCCCCCCGAUGACCCCGUACGUGACCCCCCCUCCAGCCAACGCGGCCGCCGCAGGGCUGCAGGCCUUCCACAUGGUGGCGCCACUGCAGAAGGCUGUGUCCAACCCCGCCGGACCCAACCUGAGGACCACAUAGAGUUGACCACAUGGGGGCGCCAGAGGACCGCACAGGACGGCCGUCAGUGGGGGGGGGGGCUGCAGGGAUGUCCAGUUUAUGUUUUCGGUUCUGAAGAUGGAUCUGAGACUGUGAAGAGUGUGUGUGUGUGUGUAAGUGAAUGGCAG